CUGGCCAAUCUCCAUCAACAUCAACAUUUGUCCUAAACAAGAAAAAAAAAAUUCAAUCUUUAUAAUUUACUUUCCUACAAAAACAGGUUCUUUUUUUUUGCUUUUGUUUUGAAUUAAGCUGAUCGCAAUACCUAGAUCUGUCUUUUCUAUUCUUAUAUUGCUUAAUUAGAUCUGUCAUCUUCACUAUUGGAUUACAUUGUUGGGGGUAAUUACGCUUUAUCUAAGGCAUUUGGUUCCUUUUUUUUGUUUUUUAAAUUCUGUUACUUUUUGAGAUCUAGUUUGAUCACUGUUUAUUCAAUUUUUUCUUCAUUUCUUAUGUUUGUGCCUUAUUUGGCUUUUGGGUUUUCAAUAUUUGGUGGAUCAAAUGAUAAAUGCAUCACCUUUCAUAUAAAUCUGCUCCUUUUUUCUCUGCCACUUUCAGAAUUUUGAUCCUUUGAAGUUAAAUUACAGGGAAAAAAAACAUCUUUUUAUUGGUGGGGUUCUUUGGAAUCUGCAAUCUUGAAGUUAAAUUACAGCAAAAAAAAAAAUCAUCUUUUUUUUUUUGGGCUUCUUUGAAAGCUGCAAUAUCACAAGUUAAAUUACAGGAAAAAAUCAUCUCUUUUUGGUGGGGUUUUUUGGAAUCUGCAAUAUCACAAGGCUUUUUGAGGAUUAAGCAAGAAAUUCCAUCAAGUAUUGGCAUAAGAAUUGAGCACAGCUAUUCUGGUUAUAGAUUGUUUGAGCAUUUCAAUAGCAAAUCAAGAUAAAUAAUGAUUUGUGGCCUUUCCGAUGUUCGUAGUCCAUAUGUUUGAUGAAGGCAUAAAAGGCAAGCUCAAGAUUUUCAACUAGCAGGGGUUAAACUGUGGAUAAUUUAGGGAUCUGAGAUAAUCUUGGGGUUUUAAGUUUGAUAUUUUCGUAAUGCGAUUUCAUUGGAGGAGUAUUUAUGACUUCCGGCAAGCCAUUGCUGUCAUCGGCUGAGCCUUCUUCAGCACCAAGCCCUAAUCAUCAUAAUAACUCGUCAUUAGGGAUCUGCUCGUUGGGAUGUCUGCCCCAGAAUGUAUCAGGUUCCGGUGAUUUGGAUGAGCUACCAGGGACCAAUUUACGUGACUUGAAGGAGGAGGUGGAGAAGGGUAAUCAACCACUAGAAGAUACAAAUGGGACAGUUGAGCUACAGUCGUUUUCAUCAAAAAACACCUCACGUGAGAGGAAACGCUUUGUGUCAUGGGGUGGUACCGAAGACCAACCGCACGAGCAAACGACCUUUGAAAUAUCCAGUGAUUCUUCUAGGGUGGCUUCAUCUAGAGCAGCGUCCACCCGGACGUCAUCCCAGAGACAUUUUGAUGAGUCCAGGUCUUCAUCCCGUGGCCAGGAUAAGCUAAACAAAUCCCAGAGGCUUCUUCAGAAAAGUAUGCAGCUUGAUAAUGACUUGUUACAUGGAAGUAACGCGAGGUUGAUCCAUGUCAAUGAUCCAAGAAAGACCAACGAUCAGUUUGAGUUCACUGGAAAUGAGAUCCGAACUAGCAGAUAUACAAUAAUAAAUUUUUUGCCUAAAAAUCUCUUCAUUCAGUUCCACCGGGUCGCUUAUUUAUAUUUUUUAGCAAUUGCUGCUCUGAAUCAGCUUCCACCUCUUGCAGUUUUUGGGAGAACUGUAUCUCUCUUUCCUCUUCUUUUCGUGCUUUCUGUGACAGCUAUAAAGGAUGGUUAUGAGGAUUGGCGAAGACACAGAUCAGAUAGAAAUGAGAAUAACCGGGAGGCUCUAGUACUUCAAUUCGGCAAGUUUCAGUUAAAAAGAUGGAAGAAUAUUAGGGUUGGUGAGGUUGUGAAGAUCCUCGCUGAUGAGACAAUUCCUUGUGAUAUGGUGUUGUUAAGAACAAGUGAUCCUAGUGGGAUUGCUUAUAUCCAGACAAUGAAUCUAGAUGGUGAAUCAAACUUGAAGACAAGGUAUGCUAGGCAAGAAACAACUUCAUUAGCGAAUGAAGUGGAGACACUUUUGGGAGUUAUCAGAUGUGAACAGCCUAACAGGAAUAUCUAUGAGUUCACAGCCAACAUGGAGUUGAACGGGCAUAAGUUUCCACUCAGCCAGUCAAAUAUUAUCUUACGUGGUUGCCAGCUGAAGAACACAGAAUGGGCAUUAGGAGUGGCAGUUUAUGCUGGGCAAGAGACCAAGGCUAUGCUAAACAGUGCGGCAUCUCCCUCUAAAAGAAGCAGGUUGGAAACGUACAUGAAUCGGGAAACACUUUGGUUGUCUGUUUUUCUUUUCGUCAUGUGCUUGGUAGUAGCAAUCGGGAUGUGUCUAUGGCUGAAGGAACACGAGAAGCAGCUUGAUACCCUGCCUUAUUACCGGAAAAUUUACUCUGAAAAAGGAACACAUCCUGGUAAACCGUAUAGAUUUUAUGGGAUUCCUAUGGAAACAUUUUUCUCCUUUUUGAGUUCCGUCAUAGUUUUCCAGAUAAUGAUACCCAUAUCUCUUUACAUCACCAUGGAGUUGGUUCGCUUGGGACAGUCGUAUUUCAUGAUUGGAGACAGGCACAUGUAUGACGAUAACAGUAAUUCAAGGUUUCAGUGCAGAUCCUUGAAUAUCAACGAGGAUUUGGGUCAGAUACGUUAUAUUUUCUCAGAUAAAACAGGAACACUUACUGAAAAUAAGAUGGAAUUUAAAAGAGCAAGUGUGUGGGGAAAGAAUUAUGGGAGCCUUUCUGCUGCAGGUGCAUCAUCAAACACAGAUUUUGGAGAACCAACAGCUGCCCCUUCAAGUGGAAGAAAAUUGAGGCUUAACUCAGAAAUUCCAACUGACUCUGAACUUAUGGAAUUGUUACAUAUUGAACUAGCUGGGGAAGAGAGGAUUGCUGCACACGAGUUCUUUAUGACGUUGGCAGCAUGUAAUACCGUGAUUCCUAUUGUUACCCAUAGUUCAUCUUCAUGUGCUGCACUGGAUGAAGUGCAUGACACCGUUGGCACCAUUGAGUAUCAAGGUGAAUCUCCUGACGAACAAGCACUAGUUGCUGCUGCUUCUGCGUAUGGAUAUACACUUUGUGAACGGACAUCUGGUCAUAUUGUGAUUGAUGUCAAUGGUGAGAAACUAAGAUUGGAUGUCUUGGGACUGCAUGAGUUUGACAGUGUGCGCAAAAGAAUGUCUGUGGUAAUCAGAUUCCCAAGCGGUGCUGUAAAAGUUUUGGUCAAAGGGGCUGAUACUACAAUGUUUAGCAUUUUAAGGAAAGACCACAAAAGCCACGACGACAUACAAAAUGCCACUCUUAACCAUUUGAAUGAGUACUCGUCUGAAGGUUUGCGGACCCUGGUUGUUGCUGCAAGGGAUCUUACGGGAGAAGAACUGGAGGAGUGGCAAAUCAUGUAUGAGAAUGCUAGCACAUCUUUGACUGAUAGAUCAGCAAAGUUGCGCCAAACAGCAUCUCUUAUAGAAUGCAACUUGACUCUACUAGGGGCCAGCGCAAUUGAGGACAAACUACAGGAGGGCGUACCAGAAGCUAUUGAGUCUCUGCGCCAAGCAGGAAUGAAGGUUUGGGUUCUUACUGGAGAUAAGCAAGAAACAGCAAUUUCAAUUGGUAUGUCUUGCAAACUCUUGACCUCAGACAUGCAGCGGAUCAUCAUUAAUGGCACUUCAGAAAAUGAAUGCAAGAGGUUAUUGUUUGAUGCUAAGGUCAAAUUUAGGGUAAACCCUGCAAGUUGUAAUCAAAUAUCUACAUGCCAGAGUGAUGCAGAAAAUGGUUAUCACGGAGUUCCUGCUAGUAUGAAGUCAAGUAAUUUGCCAGAGCCGCAUGCAAGAGAGGAAGGAGUUUCUGAUGGACCUUUGGCACUCAUAAUUGAUGGGAAUAGUCUGGUAUACAUCCUAGAGAAAGAUCUCGAGACCGACCUAUUCGACCUUGCAACCUCAUGUAGGGUUGUGAUUUGCUGUCGUGUUGCUCCCUUGCAGAAGGCUGGAAUUGUUGACCUAAUAAAGAGCCGCACCGAUGAUAUGACACUAGCCAUAGGUGAUGGGGCUAAUGACGUUUCAAUGAUCCAAAUGGCGGAUGUUGGUGUUGGAAUAUGUGGUCAAGAAGGGCGGCAAGCAGUGAUGGCAUCAGAUUUUGCUAUGGGACAGUUUCGGUUUCUGAAAAGAUUGCUCCUUGUUCAUGGACAUUGGAAUUACCAGCGAGUUGGUUAUUUGGUUCUUUACAACUUUUACAGAAAUGCUGUUUUUGUUUUCAUGCUUUUCUGGUACAUACUGUAUGCAGCCUUUUCUACAACAUCUGCGUUGACAGAUUGGAGUAGUGUGUUUUAUUCUCUCAUCUAUACUUCCAUACCUACUUUAGUUGUUGGUAUCCUGGACAAGGACUUAAGUUAUAAGACGCUACUGAAGUAUCCAAAACUCUAUGCUGCUGGCUAUAGACAUGAGAGUUACAACAUGAAGCUGUUCUGGAUCACAAUGCUUGAUACAGUGUGGCAGAGUCUUGUACUCUUUUAUGUACCGGUGUACAUCUAUGAUCAAAGCGAUAUUGACAUAUGGAGUAUGGGUAGCUUAUGGACAAUCGCUGUUGCGAUCCUUGUAAACAUGCACUUGGCAAUGGACGUGCAGCGGUGGUUAAUAUUUACUCAUAUGGCAAUAUGGGGGUCAAUUAUUAUCACAUAUGGCUGCUUGGUGGUGCUGGACUUAAUACCUGUCUUCCCCAAUUAUAAUACAAUCUUUCAAUUGGCAAAGUCGCCUACUUACUGGCUGUCAAUUUUGCUUAUUAUAGUUUUGGCUUUGCUUCCUCGCUUUAUUGUCAAAGUUAUAAACCAAAGUUUCCGUCCUUCAGACAUCCAGAUUGCUAGAGAAGCAGAGAUCACGAAGAAAAGCCACAGCUAUUUUAUGUCUAAGACAGAUCAUGAUACAAGCUAGUGUCUCCUGUUUAUGUUGUCAAUCACCCUAUUUGGUGUAGCUUCCUUGAGUUUCCCUCUACUUGGCUUCCUGUGGCGUGCAGGAUUAGAAGUAGAUGAACUACCCAACUCAAUGUCAGCAGGUGAAAUUGGUGACAGUGUGAAAACGAGAUGGCGGAACCAUGUAACGAAAGAUAGGGAAGCGAGGGUUAACUCAGCUAAGUUUGUCGAGAAUGGAAGAACAGCAUAAGACACGCAUCUGGUUGAGGGGCGACGGGACUAAUGAAGGUUUUGAAUGUUUUUUGUUAUUUGUUGUUGAUAACUAUUGGGCUGUUUUCCAAGAAGUAAAAAUGAUAGGCUGCUUGUUAGGUAUUCAGCUUAAUUCCAGCAAUUCGUAUAAAGAAAGAGAAGAGGAGAGAAAUGCAAGUGUAUCAUAGUUACCUGUAAAGAUUGAGGUUUCUUAUCCUUAUAUCUUGUAACAAAUUAAAGGAAAGAACUUAUCCACGGUUCAUGAACACACGUCUUUAAAAA